AUGGAAACGAGAUGCAGUCCAGAGACAUCUCUCCUCUCUUACUUCAAGUUUUAUGAAGAUCGUGGCCAAUCACUUGCAGGUUUGGUUGGGCCCAUGUGUUCCUCAGAAGCGGAGGUCGUUGGUAGUGUCUCCCGGUUCCUCAACACGGUCGUAGUGAGCUACCAGUCUGACUCACCAAGCCUCUCCAACAAAGACCAGUACCCAUACUACUUCAGGACCUUCCCUGAUACCACAGAACAAUGUUAUGCCUUGAUCGAGCUCUUCCAAAACUUUGGCUGGGGGCGCUAUGCAUUGCUGUCGGACAGUGAGGACAUCACCUACAAGGUCAUGAAGAAUAUGGAGGAGGUGAUGAUAGAGGGCGGCAUUGAGAUGGUGGUCGACAUCUACAUGGCGACCAAUGAAGUCAACCAGGCGGCGGUGACCUCGUAUCUGGAGGAGAUCGUGUCCAAGAAGGCUCACAUCAUCGUUGGGUAUUUCCCGGAGAAUGUUGCCAGGCUUGUGCUCUGUGAAGCACAUAAGCAGGGAUUGACAGGAGAGAAAGGCUACCAGUGGUUCCUUCCCGAAUGGUACCAAGAUGCAUGGUGGGAUACCGACUACCACAACAAGAACUCCCCCUCCUACUCCAUCUUCUCCACCUCGCCCUCUUCCUUCAACAUCAGCUGUACCACCACCGAGAUGAUGCAGGCCAUUAAGGGCUACAUCAGCCUCUCCAGAGCUUACAUCGCCAACUGGGAUAAACCUGUCCCCGGCCAUGAGACAGUGGAAGGAUGGAUCAAUGAGUACAACUCACUCAUUGAGAAAGAGGGUAAGAUGCCGUCUACCUAUGCAGCUUAUGCCUAUGACACAGUCUGGACAUAUGCCUAUGCUCUUGAUAAACUCUUAUUCAACGAUGUAGCAGCACUGGAUACACUCUCAUCUCAGCAAACCAUCAGAACAUACCUGAGGCAUCUGAGUAACACAUCAUUCAGUGGGGUCACCGGAGAGGUCAAGUUCAUGGAUCAAGAUCGCAGAGGACCAAUCAGCAUCCAUCAGCACCACCCUCCUACAACUACGAUCAUUGGUUCCUACAUUCCUGAUAUGGAUACAAAGGACCAGGGUUCGUUAUCACUCAACACAUCAGGAAUCAUGUGGGCUUCAGGUAGCCAGCCAACAGAUGGCGCAAAUGGACCCACCUGUAUGGUAGAGGGAUUAAGGCAAGCCCUUGGAUCAGAUUGUCGUACAGCUAUCGCUCUCAUGAACACCAUCCUCCUCCUUGUCAUACUCGUCUCAACCAUCAUCUUGGCUGUCUUCAUCAAAAGAAGGUAUGACAGGAAGGUGAAGCGUACCGAGCAGCACAUCAAGCAGCUUACCCUGAUGGGGCUGGGCGAGGGAGCCCUAAUCACUCUGGACGAAUGGGAGAUGCCCAGAGAGAACGUGGUACUGAACAGGAAGCUGGGCGAGGGAGCGUUUGGUACGGUGUACGGUGGUGAGGCACUGCUGGAUGAUAAUAAAUGGGCAGCGGUAGCAGUCAAGACCCUGAAGCUGGGGGCAUCGGUGGAGGAGAAGCUUGAUUUCCUUAGUGAAGCUGAGGUAAUGAAGAGAUUCAACCACAAGAACAUUGUCAACCUACUAGGAGUGUGUACUAGAGGGGAACCAAUGUAUGCAGUCAUGGAGUUCAUGCUCUAUGGCGACUUAAAAACCUUUCUCCUUGGACGUCGUCAUCUGGUCGGUGAGGGCGUCUAUGAGAGGAAUCAACAUGUCAUGUGUCCAGACCAACUCACGUCUAUGGUGUCAGAUAUAGCGUCCGGUCUCAGCUAUCUAGCCAGCAUCAACUAUGUGCAUAGGGACCUGGCGUGCAGAAAUUGCUUGGUUGAUGCAUCGUAUACAGUGAAGAUUGGAGACUUUGGUAUGACAAGAGCCCUCUACGACUCUGACUACUAUAGGCUCGGCAAAAGAAGCAAGCUACCCGUACGCUGGAUGGCUCCGGAGUCUUUGACGGAGGGCAUCUUUACCACCAUGAGUGAUGUCUGGUCGCUGGGCGUGGUCAUUUAUGAGGUUGUGACCUUUGGUAGUUUCCCUUACCAAGAGCUAUCCAAUGCUGAGGUGCUGGACUACAUCAGGAAUAGGAACAGCCUGAGACCUCCUGAAGGAUGCAGCCCAGCAUUAGGAGCAUUGAUGAUGCAGUGCUGGGCCAUCCAACCACAGCAUCGGCCCACAGCCAAAGAUGUAAACGACAUCCUCUGUCAAAGACCACACCUUAUCACACCCUGCCUUGGUGUCCCUCUCGGCAGCAUUCCCCCUGAAGAGAUCCACAGCACCGGACUACCCCUCUCCCCCGUCCGUCCCAAGCACCCCGCCCCCAAACACAGCACCAGGAGUAACAGUAGCACCGAGAUGCACAUGGGGCGUGAAUUCAACCGCAUACACGAUGACGAGUUCCUCACCGGUCACCUGGCCAGCGUGGGCCACAUCUUCCGGGCGUCCAAGCGCAGAUCUAAGAACAAGAAGAGCUUCUCACGCUGCAGCUUUGAGCUCGCCCCGAGCGGGUCGCGCAGACUGAGACGCGACUCAGAGACCGAGAGAAACUGCAUCUCGAUUAUCAGCUCAACAGCAAGUGCCCCCUCAACGUCAAUGUCAAACACCAGCACCCCAUCCACAUCGCAGGACUCGUGUGUAGUGGCUGUUGAGGAUCUGCCACCGGUCAUCCAUAGAGGGCGCUCUAGGACCUCUGCUACCUUAGAACACAACUUCCUGCAUAGAUUACCCUCAGGGGGUACCUUCACCAAACUCUUGAAGAAAGCUGCAACUGAAGACAAUAUUUACUCAGAAUCCGAAUCCAGGCAGCACUCUUGGUCUCUGUUCAGCUGUAUUGACAGUGAAAGAUUUGAAGGACUUCCUCUACUCCAGCACCAGUCUAGCCGUAGAGGGAGCAAGAGACCGAGGAGCAAAUCUCUCGGCAGUAAGUCAUCAGGAAGUAAAUCACCAUCCAGUAAGCACUCCCUCUACGUGACACUCUCAAGGAAUGGAUUUGACGAUAGUAAGGAAGAAGAAACAAUGAUCUCCUUUGUUUCCAACUAAUUACUAAGUUUCCCAGUGCAUAAGUCAAAAACUGUGUUAUUGUGGUUCUUUUGAAAGCCCCCUAACAUCAUGUGCACCAUUUCCACUUGUGAAAUUAUGAUAUUCUGUCAGUGUCCUUUAAAAAUUCAAGCAAUAUAUACUGGCUUGUAAUUUUAUAUUCUGCCUUGUUCCUGUUCUUCAAGAAAUAUGAACUAUAAAAACAUAGUGGUAUAAACUACAGACUAAAUUUAUUUGUAAAUGUAUUCUAGUGCCUUUGCUAUUCAGAACCAAAACCUAUUGUGACUUAAAAUAUGAGAUUAAAUUUGAGAUUACAUUUAUCCGAUUACAAAGAUAUGAUAUGGAAUUUAAAUCUGUGUAACUUCUAAGUUCCUAUAUUAAAUCACCUGUUGAGAGCGAGUAGGGCAUUGAUGCAUACCAUUUAAAAACAAAGACAUAAUUCCCUUCUGGCUCUCAACAGGUGCGUAAAAUCAUUCUGAAAUUAACUCAGUGUUUGUUGUACAUUACAUAAAAUGUUGCAUUUUACAGUAUAAUUCUUUUAAAGAAUUUUAACCCUUGUUGUACAUAUACAUUCAGUGACUUGGGACCUCUUGUCUAUGUACUGUAAGAUUCAUGUAUUCAGCGCAAUAUAUUGACUCAUUCCUAGUACUAUUAAGAAUAUUGUAAAUAGUUGAGGACUUGUCAGAAGUGUAUUUCAAUGCUUGAUUCUGUUUUAUUUAAAUCAAUAUACGUAUUUAUUUGAUUGAUGAUGUUAAGAGUUGUUUAUCAUAUGUCUAUUUUAGUUUUGGUAAUUUAUUUAUCAUUAAGGAACAAGAAAAUUAUAUGAUUUCUUUCUGUUUUGAUCAUUUAAUAUUGCAUAUUUUAUCAUGCAAGCUGAAGCAUAAUGUAUUUUGUUUAACACGAAUGACAUGGAUUUUUUUUUUUUUUUCUCAGACAAAUCAUGAAUAAUAAAAAAUUGUAGCUAGAUCCACCAUGUUGAAUCGAGAUGCAAUAAAUGUUUAAUUUAUCUGUGUAUGUAUAUUGCCAAUAUUUGGCUUUUUGACAAAUUUAGCAUUUUAGAGUACCCCUCGGGAUUGGCCUUAUUGCUUAUUCCAUUUUGCCUUCAUUUAUCUUCAGUCCGUCUUGACUGUUGAAUACCUUUCUCGAGGUAACCCUGUAUGACACCCACAUCAAAUAUCUUUUGCUUAGAGCCAGUAUGCCAUUAAUUCUGUGUAAAGGUAUAUGUGUUAUAGCCCUUCUAGCUUCAAACAGAUGAUGUGAAGAAAUGUUUACCGGAAAUUAAGCCAUCUCCAACCGUUUUAUAAGCUUAUAAAUGUACCCCUAGUGAUAUGUCUGGCAGGUGAAUAACUAUUGUAAAGAUCCUUCCCCUGUCAUUGACGUCAUAUGUUUAAGACUCAGGAUUUGGAAGUUGUCUCUGCUGAUCAAAGAGUAUUUUAGUGAUGAUUCUGUUAUUUCUUGUUUUGGAAAUUCAUCAAUAGCAAUAUCCAUGGUCAUAAGCCCCAAAGAAAUAUGAUGUUCCCUGAAGAUAUAUAAACUUAAUGCCACAGCAGAUAGAAAAUUCAGAAAUGA